CUUGUGUCCGCGGCGUCGGCCCAGCGGCUCUGUUUCGCUUUUCCAAGCCCGGCGGAGGCUUCGGCGGGGCGGGAGGAUGGCGGAGGCCUCUUCGGCUGCCGCGACGGCCGCCGUCUCCCAGCACCGCUUCUUUUGCCACAGCUGCAAGGGCGAGGUCAGCCCAAAGCUGCCGGAAUACACAUGUCCCCGAUGUGAAUCUGGCUUUAUUGAAGAAGUAACAGAUGAUUCCAGUUUUUUAGAAGGCAACAGCAGCGGCAACGAUGAAAGUCCUUCCACCCCAUUUGCAGAGUUCUGGGACCAGCUGGAUCGUUCCAUGGUCUUUCCAUUCCUGAGCAGCUCUCUGGACCACAACGGCAGGGACAACGAGAGGGGCCACCAAGCCCAUGCGGACCUUUGGGGACCAAGCCGACCCCCGCGACUGCCCAUGGCCCGGAGGUAUCGGCCCCGCCUCAGCACACGGCCAGAUCGGUCGCCGGCCAUUGAAGGAAUAAUUCAGCAGAUCUUCGCUGGCUUCUUUGCAAAUUCAGCAGUUCCUGGAUCGCCGCCUCCGUCUUUCUCCUGGGGAGGCAUGCAGGGCAGGCUGCACUCUAGCUUUGGGGACUACGCGUGGGACCAGAACGGCCUCGAUGCUGUCUUGACCCAGCUUAUGGGACACUUGGAAAAUACAGGGCCUCCCCCAGCGGAGAAGGAGAAAAUUUCUUCCCUCCCGACAGUGACCGUCACUCAGGAACAAGUGGAUACGGGUUUGGAGUGUCCCGUGUGCAAAGAAGACUACACCGUGGCGGAGCAGGUCCGGCAACUUCCGUGCAAUCACUAUUUCCAUAGCAGCUGCAUUGUGCCAUGGCUGGAACUGCACGACACGUGUCCCGUGUGCCGGAAGAGCCUGAACGGGGAAGACUCCGCUCAGCGAGCCGCGAACACGGAGGCCUCCACCAGCAACUCCUUUAGCAGCCCGAGCCACCUGCAUGACCGAUGGACUUUCUGAAGGCCUCCUCCAUCCCCCAGGGCCGCUGGGGGAGAGAGAGCGAGCGAAGGGCAAAGCGAGGAGCCCGUCGCCUUCUUGGCUACAGAUGUAAAUUGUACGAUAACUCAACCACACAAAGCGAGUAGCGAGAAGAGAGAAAGCGGGCCCAAGCGGCCUUUCCCCCCCCCCCCCCCCCCAUCGAAGCCUGGCCACCCCCCCUCUUCUGAAAAACGGCCACCGAGGAAACACCUCUUGAAGCUUCAGGUCCGGAGAGGCCACGUUAGUGCUUGCAGGGUGGGAGUGGCGUCUAUUAAAGCUUGUGGACUUUUUUCCCCCCCUCUGAUAUCUGUACUGAUUGCUGGCUGUCCACCUUAACGUCCUUUUCUGGACGUGGACAAGGGAACACAAAAGCUCAAGAGAGCCUUUUGGGCUUUAAAACGUGGCAUGGUUGGCAGGGGCUGGUGGGGGCUCCCUCUGUGUUUGGCCGAUGGGUGUCUUGGGUUCAGAAGUGGGGGGGAAAGGAGAAGGGAAGCCCCCUCCCCCCGCCCUCCCCUCACUCCAGGUUUCCGUGGAAGCAAACGGGCCACGCUUCUCCGAGCGAGGAAGGUGUUGCUGUGGCUGGAUUCCUUUGCUCGAACUGAAAUAUCCACCGGUCCAGUUCGAAUUCCUUGCUGUCAAACGGACUCCAUUUGUCUUUCACGGCAGAAAUGAUUUUUGUCAGGUAUUCCUCCAUAUCGAAAACGCGAAUACCAUUACUUAAAAUAUCAAGAAGAA